AAGAGCAAGAAAAACAAAAAUCUUUUCUGCUCAGUUAAAAUGAAGGAUUCCAGUCUGAAUCUCACAUUUUUCUCUUCAUUUUUACGGAUGCCAAGGCCUAGGAGGAACUAGGAAAGGGGAAUUUGUAAAUGCCAGGGAUCGAACUGCUGACUCGCUGAGUCCAUCUCCCAAAGGAUGUUGGUGAACCAUUUAGACUAAGCCCUAAGUUCAUUAAUUGAAUAUUUUCAAUUCAGAAUGUGACACUGUAAUUACUCAACUUGUCCACGUUGAGCAAUAUGAAUGGUGGAAAGUAUGCACAUUGAUUUGUAGUGCCUUUCUUGACACUGAUUGGACGAAUAGUUGUUUUUACUAACUAUAGAGCACCUGAAUCCAAAACGUAACGGAUAUGGGGCUGAAGCAUAGAUUUUUAUGGAGGAUAGGGAGAGUAUGUAUGCUGCACUUUUUGGCAUGGAUGAGGACCAAAGGGAAAAGGAGCAAGAGAGGUUGAUUGCUAGGAAAAGGAAGAGAAAGGGAAUCCCGAGGAAACUUGUUCUUUGUAAUGAAAAGUUAUCAACCUCUGACUCUUUCCAUCGCAGCCCCGCUGAAUACUUUUCAAAUGAAGAGUGUUUCGACGUGAACAAAAUUGGGGGAGAUUUUGUUCCCUGUUCAUUGACUGUCUGUUCUGGGGAGGACAUAAUCUCAAAAAUAACUUCAUUUGUUGAGAGUUGUUCUUGUAACUGUUACAUUGCUUCUGCUACCGGAUGUGUUGCUCGUGCUAGCAUUCUUGAAUGUGGUACGGCUUCUGCACAUGAGGGAUCAUAUGAAAUAGUCUCCCUGACAGGGCACGUCUCCAUGCCCUUAAACCUUGGUCGCAGUAAUGGUUAUGGAAUUCUGAUCACUUUGGCAUCCAAAAAUGAUUCUGUGUUCGGGGGCUAUGUUUCUGGCCCUUUGAUAGCAAAAACUAAUGUUCAAAUUGUGCUGUGGAGGUUUACUAGUCCUUCUGCAAAGGAAGCUUCUACGUCCGGUGCAGAAUCUCCGGCGGCCAAAAUGGAGGUUUCUUAAAACUUAUUGCCCUAAGGAUAUAUUAAGUUAAAUUUGUUGUUUCUGGUGGGGGUUAUAAUCCUUCACUUCUCUGACUCUUUCAAGCUUGAUGAUAAAAGCUAGAAACUUGGCUUCAUUUUGGAUCGUUGCGAAUAAAUUCAAGUUUGGAUUUGGCACUCUUAAUUUGGGUUGUCCCUAAGCAGCCUGGGUUUUGCUUUUUGUUGAAUGGUAUUUUGUUUAGGGGGUUUAUAUUUGAUACUGUGUCAAAUCAAUCCCAUAUAUAUUUGGAUAAAUGUCUUUCAUCUACCAUUUCUGAUUUCCUA